AAAAUAUAUAUAAAGCCAAGUACUCGAGUGUUUUGAUAUCAGUCACAAGCCACCAGAGCCCCAUUCAGACACAAAUUAUUAUUCUCCCAACUAAAUCAACAUGUUUAAAAUCGUAAUAUUCGUUGCUUUGUUUGCAUUCGCAACAGCAAAACCUGGUUACUUUGCUUCAGCACCAGUUUAUGGAACAGCAGCAGCAGUAGUUGGUGUUGAAAAAACAAUUGAAUCACAUGGUAAUUCAGUUGUACAUUCAUCAGCAAUUGCAACUCCAGCAGUUGCACACACAGUUUACAGUGCACCACUUGUUGCACAACCACAAUAUGUUUAUGCAGCACCACAUGCAUCAGCUGCUAUUGUUGCUGAAAAAACAGUCAGUGGAUAUGGACACAGUCUUGUUCAUCAUGCUGCACCAGCACAUUACAUUGCUGCUGCUCCAGCAACUUAUUAUCUUUAAAUUAUAUCAACAAUGCUGAUUAUUGAUUAUUGAUUAUUGACGAUUAAUGAGGACACAUAUGGAUUACCUAAAUAUCAUCAUCAUCAUCAUCAUGAACGUAUGGCUAGCAGUAUCGAUGGGCUCUUCGAAAGGCUAGCCAUUUGUUUAAUAUAAUUUGUUCUGUUUGGAAAGUGGAAACUGACUGCUAAUAAUUAUUUUCUGUUAAAUUAAAAAAAAAAUCAAUAAAAUGUCAUUCAAUGUCGUCAAUAACAAUAAAAAUAAAGUUUUCAAUUUUUUUUAAAUUUA